CAAAAUGGAUAUUUUUCAGUAUCAACCUAGCUUUCAACAUGACUACUUCAAAACUAUUGCUUCUAAUAACCAUCGCGAUUGAAUUCUGUCUCGCAUCCAAAGUUUGGCAGCACGAUCUCAAUUUCGACAACCCUUUGAAUUGGGCUAACCAAAAUCCACCAAAACCUGGACAACCGUUACAAUUCCCGACAAGACUGAACGCCAUAGUUCAGUUUCCUUCCAGUGUCUCAAGCGAAUCGAUAACUCUUCCGCGGGACGGUGUUUUAAUGUUUCCAAACGGUGAAGCUUCGUUGGCUUUCGGCAAUGGGAGGAAACGUCAGGAACCGGCAAUUUUUCAAACACCAGUUCGCAAACCGUACUAUGCUAUCGAAAACUGGAAAACUGUGGACGACAACACAAACAGGCUCAUCGAGAUGAACCAAGCAGUGCCACAUUUGGAGCGCAUUCCUUGCCAGUACGAGACGGCCGUAUUCUCCGAAACGCCGUCGCCAGUUGAUUUUCAGUAUCACGAAGCUAUCGAAGUGAAGGACAUCAGUUAUGGUGGACAGCGAGGACUGGAAGAGUUUCGUCGCUUCCUCGUCACCGACAUCGGGGGGUUUGUGUUUUAUAAUGCGGAGGAAAUUUUGAUCAGGGAAGGCAAAUGCAAGAGUCCUGAAAAAUGUUCCUGUCAACCAGAAUGGGUUAAGGGGGCGGUUUGUCCAAAUGAAGUGUGUAAAAUUCCUUACUGUACCAAUCCUAUAGUUCCCUUUGGUCAUUGUUGUGCCAUCUGCGGCAGCGUCUUGAGAAUGGACUUACUAAAUUUCGGUGAGAGUUUUGAUCUGAGUGGAUUUACAAGGAAACUAGAGAGAAAAAUUGCGGCCUCGGAUGUGGAUAAAUCGUUAGUGGAUUAUCACAUCAGCGUACAAAAUGACGCACUCCAGCUGGUGAUUGUAGACAAGAAAGAUUACGAUGAGAUUAGUGUGAAGCUUAUGAACUCUCUUGAGCCGUUCUUUUCGAAGCAAUUUUUGAACGGUCACAACAUUUUGCAUGCUGGGCAUCCUUACAUGCCCUAUGAAAGCAGCCAGGUAUUUCUGCUGGUGUUUGUAUCCCUGCUCGCAGUUUCAAUGUUUUUCACGAUAAUCUAUGUUUAUUAUUACGAUGACAAGAUGGUUCCACAGAUCACCGCGCAAAUUCGUAACGGUAAUUUCUUCAGAUCUCCGUUUGUUUUUGCAAGAUUCUAUCCGAACAACGAUAAUGAGGAGUCUACAGUCGAUAUAGAUUUCAAUCAAUCUGGCGUGGAAAACCUAAAUUCAUCGUUCAACAAUCCGAUGUUUGAGGGGAACGCGAGCGGCACAUCAGCUCCGAAUGAUGUCGGCGAAAGGGCUGAAGAAAAGUUAUUUGUUGACGUUGAAUUAACUAAUCAGAAGCCACAAUAGUAGUCUUGAGUUGCCACACUAAGCUCAUCCCAGUUAUACGAGAAAAAUAAUAUAAUUUCUUAUAGAUGUAA